CACCUUCUUCCUAUUACAUGGAAUCUCGUAAUGUGAAAUGUAGGGUGUUUAAGUACGGCCCAAUUUAGAAAGCAUCUUGCUCUAACUCAGAAGAUGCUGUGGGAUAGAAAUGUGAAUAGACAUGUAUUUAUGUCGAUAAACAUAAUUACGAUAUUGUCCUUCCACACAUAAAUGCAGCGUAUAGAAUUAAAGGCCGCACCAAGGUUAAGAAUGUCAUUUAAGAUGUACGUAAGAGGCUGCCGUGCAUAUCAAUCUACGGAUAAGCAACUUGUUAUCAAUCAGUUGUGAGGCCUCAUGAACUGUACUGUAGUAUCUAUCUUUCAGGGAAAAAGAAUCUCUCCUUUUCAGUAUCAAGUAUGCUUCAAGACUUUAUUAGAUCUAUAUAUAUAGCAUUAACAAGCUAGAGUCCUGAUCACUCACAACAAAACCUAAAGCUUUCUUCUAGCUAUCACUCACUAAAACUUUCAUUUACCAAAUUUAGGCUAUUGGUUUUGUGAUAUAUAUAUAUAUAUAUUAUUGCUACAAGUUCCCAAAUUAAUGGCCACAGUUACAGCGUUGGUGAAUGAAAGGUCGGUGGUUAUAUUCAGCAAAACCUCGUGCUGCAUGUGCCAUACAAUUCAGACAUUGAUAAGAAGUUUUGGAGCAAAUCCAAUUGUUUACGAGCUAGAUGAGCAUCCAAGGGGACAACAAAUAGAGAAGGAGCUCAAGGGAUUAGGGUGUAAGCCAAGUGUACCAGCCGUUUUCAUAGGGCAGCAGCUGAUUGGGGGUGCCAAUGAGAUAAUGACCCUUCAUCUCAAGGGUCAGCUAGUGCCAUUGCUCCUUAGCUCUAACGCUAUAUGGGUUUAGUGAAAUGUGCUAAAAAAAUAUCCAUAUUUUAUAGUAUAAAUUAAGUAAGAGUUAUGUACGUACGUUAAUACAACUAUAGGAUCAAUUUAA